AUGACCAUUACAGGACACCUUUCAUCUGUGGUUGGAGUAACUAAGAAAGAGGACCUUGCUUUUGUGGAGAAGGAAGACUUCCAAGAAUAUCUGACACCAAUACAGUGCCGAAAAGUAAUCCAGGCCUUCAAACAAAGAGAACUGAAUGACAAAGGGACCACUGAAGUCAGCAUCACUCUAAGUGAAGAGACGCCUCCCCUUUCAUCUGUAGGUGCAGACAGAGGAACUGGUUGGUCCUCCUUCACACCUCAUCAGACACAGUCAUAUUUUCCUGGAUCCAGCCUGGCAAAAGCUCAAAACUCUUGGAUUCUCCAAUUCCAAAUACCAUGGGAACAGAUACCUGGAUCCUUGUCCCAGGCAAUCUUGAGAGGGCAGAGGGCUAGCCCAGCAGACAGGAGAGCAAUGGUGCGGGUUGUGGUUUCUGCUAUGCAGCAACACUGUCCAAACCCUAACAGAGCUGCUUGCAUAGAAAUAGCAAAGAUGAUAGUUUCAAAGUAUCCACUGACCUUUUCAGACAUGACUGAGGAAGGCGAACAAAUUGGAAUAGGAUACUAUUCCCUUAUAAACCAGCUGAAGACAAGAGUGGAACAUGUCAACAGAAACAAUACAACUGAGAGAAUACGUAAACCACGAUCAACAACACAGAGCAAUUCCAACACCUCAGCUAAAACAACACGUUGUAAAGUGGACAGCUAUGGCUGUGUAAACUGGCAGCCAAAAUGUCUUCCCGAGGGAGAAACGACAGACUCUUUGGAGAAAAGACGACAAGACAUGGUUGCCAUAUUUCAGUCAGCUGGACCUAGAGCAGCAGAUUGGCCAGAUGUAGAUGCUUCCAUGUCUCUCACAUACAUUUAUCAGCGGCACAUGAUCAAUGGGUGCCCUCCUCCAAGUAUUAAUGACAUACAAGAACAAUGGCCUUUUCUGUUUACGAAAAGAGGACUCUGCGAUCACUUCAAAAUCCUCACAGAGAUUGACAUUUGUGAUCGCCUUGGAGAAGCUCUUCAGACAAAAGGGAAGAGAAUUCUGGACUUCUUCCGAAGAAACCCUCACAACAAAAACAUUCAGCGUGUUCUUCAGGAUAUUGACGGGAUCUCAGCAAUGCAGCAAAACAAGACAGCCAUAGCAGCAGUACUUCUGCUGCUGAACCACUUCGUUGAAGAGGAGGAAUCCAUCUUCAUUUUGAAAGAUACGACUUCAACAAAAGCAUCCAUUGAGAGGGACGUGACAUUGCCUUCAUCACCAAGACUGAUAAUUCUGGGAACCACAUACCUUGAUGCAGCAAAGUGGAUGGUGAGCAUGGAGGGAAAGGUGGUCUACAUUUUGGAUGAGCACCUGGGCUUUGCAGAUGCAUUCUCUGUGUUUUUUGGAAGCUACUAUGCCUUCAACCUUGAAUACCAGGAGCCAGCAUGUGCAACACUUGAAUUUAUUCAGCGGUUCUUCUUGAGAAUAAAUCCAGAAGAUGGAACAAAAUGCACCGCACGGACUGGAGUGAGUCGGAAGACUGGAGUGUUGGUGAAGCGGAAGACAGCCACUAUAAACAACAGAGUGCUGUCCUUUCUUCGCCAGCUAACAGACUUUGAGUGGAAGAACUUGAAUUAGGUUCUGUGCAGCUGCAGCUGAAGACAAAUACAAUCUCAUGAAAUGGGGCUACACCCUGUCCAGGU